CUGAACCAGUUUUUUCACCAAGAGCAGUCUUGAUGAAAGCUGGCAUUCCAGUGAAAAUAAACUGUAAUGUGUUAAUAUAUCAGACCAACACAGCAUUCCUGACACUGCAUGUUUAUCUGAUCCCACGUGAUCCUGGUCUACAAGAGGCAAUGGACAACAGGAAUGUAUCUUAUGGAUACAAAGUAAUCAGAAAGCCACAUCCAGAGAAGUCCCUGAAAAUGCGUGAUCGUUUCAUCUUAAAGGCAGAUGUGAAUGGUGCAAAAGUUUCUCCUAAAGACUUAAAGCUCAGAUGUGAAAGCAGAGGCCCAAAUUUCUUUGAAGUUUACAUUGAAAAUCCAGACAGAAACUUCACGCUCAACCUCACACAAAAAAAUGACCGUCAACCAGUGUGGACCCAUGAAAUUCGAAAAGGUGAAUAUCAAAGCAUGGUUAAUAUGCAAGAAAUCGAGACUCAUCAGACCAAGCAACAUUUUUCCAGUCUUCAACUGUCCAAUUUUGAGCAACACUCUAUGGAUGAACACCUGUCUCCACUGCAAGCAGCAAAAGUCACAAAGGAUAGAGAGAGGCUUUUGAAAAUGCUGGAACAUUUAAAAUUGGAAGAAUUCAAGCAAUUCAAGUGGUUCCUGAAGGACGGUGACAUCCUGGCAGGCCUCCCAUGCAUCCCAAGCAGCCGACUGGAGAAUGCAGACAUGUUAGAUCUGGUGGAUCUGAUGCUGCAGACCUACAACCAACAGUCUGUGGAGGUGACCAAGAAGGUUUUCAGGACAAUAAACAGGAAUGAUCUGGUGCAGACAUUGCUAGACACCAGCUCAGAAUCCAAAGGUAACUGGAACUGCAACCAUUUCUCCUAGAAAUGUUUUGCUUAAACUAUAAAUCAGUUAUUGGAUGGUUACUGAUGUUAUGAGCUGAUUUGAAAUACAGAUGUAAACACAAUCAUAACUCAGGUAGAUGACUUUAAGGUUAAAAAUUGUGUGGAUUUCUGUCUCAUUACACUUUUAAAGGUUCAGUGUGUAACUUUUCUGAGGAUCUAUCGACAGAAAUGCAAUAUAAGAUCCAUAACCAUGUUUUCAGUGGUGUGUAAAGACCUUACAUAAUAAACUAUUAUGUUUUUAUUACCUUAGAAUGAGCCAUUUAUAUCU